CCCGACGCCGCACGCACGGUGAGGGCAGGGAGGGCGACGGGCGGCCGCUUCCCUCGCCCACCGGCGCGGGGGGACGGGGCCCAGCGGGGCGGAACCGCCGCGCGAAGGCGGGGAGCGGGGUCCCGGCGCGCUUCUCCCGAAGUUUCCUUUUUCUGAUCAAAAGACCACUCCGUAGGGAAGAGAAAGCUUAAAAGAGAUCCAGGCUCAGUUAGAAAUCCACUAGGAUGGCAGAGUUCCCAUCCCAGCUGAUGAACAGUAUGACACCAGUUACUCGACAAGAAGUUCUUGGCCUUUACCGCAAGAUAUUCCAGAUAGCCAAAAAAUGGCAAUCGGCAUCAGGACAGAUAGAAGAAACUAUUAAAGAGAAAGAGUACAUUAAAAAUGAAGCCAAAACAUUAUUCCGAAAAAACAAAAACGUAACAGAUCCAAAAUUGAUUAAGCAGUGUAUAGAAGAAUGUAAGGCAAGAAUAGAAAUUGGACUUCACUAUAACAUCCCCUACCCAAGACCUAUCCAUCUGCCUCCUAUGGGUCUUGCCCAUAAACAAGGCCGUACAUUGCGACAUCAGGAAAAGUUAAGGAAGAUUUCUAAGCCAAUAUACCUGAAAUCCCAUGAUGAACUUUCAUAACCCUUCAUUUAAGCUGUGGACUGCAAUCCAGGUGAUUUUUGUGCACAACUGUGAAUGAAACUGUCUUGGUCACUUGCUGACACAUUUCCUGAGGCCAAAAAGCUAAUUGAUACAUUGCAUAUGAUGGAUAAGGUUGGUCUAAUAUUUAUUACAUUUCAACCACUGACUAAUCAAUAAAAGUAACACUUUUCAAGGA